AUGACAACCAAGCCAAGCAUUCAUGUCAUCAAGGAGCGGUGCGCAUGGCGUGAAGCUACCUCAAAGACUUGUGCAAGGCGCUCCGCUUCGGAAAGCAUCACCUCAAAAUCAUUGGUCCUCCAGGUCGGCGACGGGAUUCUUGAGACGGUCAUACCUCCCUCGUUCCGCUUCAAGUACGUCAAAACCUAUGCUCCCGGAUACCAACCCGUGGAUGGAGAUGUUGGACAGCUAUCCUUCUAUAGGGGUUCCUCAGAUAGUCAGGUCCCAGGCUCCCACUCGAAUUGCUGUGGCGACUGCAUCCACUCAACUAUCGACAUUGCUUUCGAUUUUAGUGUCAAGUACAUAGCUUUCAACAAGCAGCUCUCGAGGCUAUCAGAGGCAUUCAUCGGGGUUGUCCCGAAAGAAGCGGAGGAAGCAUGGGAAGCUUUUAGCGAGGAACUCGGAAUCGCUCUACAUGGUACCAAGAUCAUCAUCGAUGGCCUCGAUACUGAGACUGUCGCCCUCUGA